AUGUCUUCCACUACUGUCAAUUAUCCAAAAGAAUUCAAAGGAUUUGCAAUUUCUGAUCCAAAGGAAUGGUCAGCUCCGAAAUUAACUUCAUUUGAACCAAAACAUUUUGGUGAUAAUGAUGUUGAUAUUGAAGUUGAAUGUUGUGGUGUUUGUGCUAGUGAAUUAUUCACUUUGAAAAACGAAUGGUCUCAUGAUGAAUUACUUUGUUUGAGUUCAACUUAUGGUCCAAAGACUCAAUGUGUUGGUCAUGAAGUUGUUGGGAAAGUUGUUAAAUUAGGUUCAAAAUGUAAAACUGGGUUAAAAAUUGGUGAUAGAGUCGGUUUAGGUGCUCAAGCUUCAUGUUGUACUGAAUGUUCUCGUUGCAAAGAAGGUAACGAACAAUAUUGUGCCAAAACUGUUGGAACUUAUGCUUCCCGUUAUGAAGAUGGAUAUGUUUCUCAAGGUGGUUAUGCAUCUCAUGUUAGAGCUCAUGAACAUUUAGUUUUCCCAAUUCCUGAAGGGAUUGAAAGUCAUUUAGUUGCACCAUUGCAAUGUGGUGGGUUAACAGUUUAUUCACCAAUUAAAAGAGGUAUUCAAGAUGUUCAAAACACUGUUCCAAAAGUUGCCAUCAUUGGAUUAGGUGGAUUGGGACAUAUGGCUAUUAUGAUUGCAAAAGCUUUAGGAGCAGAAGUUACAGCUUUUUCAAGAUCUUAUUCUAAACAAGAAGAUGCCAAAAAGAUGGGAGCUGAUCAUUUUGUUGCCACAGGAGAGGAAAAAGAUUUUGAAAGCAAAUUAUAUGAUACAUUCCAUUUAAUUUUGAAUUGUGCUUCAUCAACAAGUGCCUUGGAUUUAAAUAAAUUGUUGAAGACUUUAAAAGUUAAUAGAUCAUUUAUCAGUGUUGGUUUACCACAUGUUGAUGAAAAGUUUGAAGUCCAACCAUUUACAUUUUUCAGUAAUGGGUCAGCAGUUGGAUCAAGUUGUUUAGGAUCUAGAGCUGAAGCCAUUGAAUUAUUUGAAUUGGCUGUUAAACAUGAUAUUAAGCCAUGGGUUGAAACCAUCAAGGUGAGUGAGGCUGGUGUCAGUGAAGGGUUGACCAGAUUGGAUAAAGGUGAUGUUCGUUAUAGAUUCACAUUGGUUGGGUUCAACGAGUUCUUUGGGACUGGUAAAUAGAUUGAAUAC